ACAGCAUUUGGCAUCACCUUUGUCCUCUGUAUCUCAUGUGUUCUGGGGAAAACUAUAGUGGUGUUAAUGGCCUUCAGGGCGACACUUCCAGGCAGUACUGUCAUGAAAUGGUUUGGGCCUGCACAGCAGAGGCUCAGUGUUCUGGGUUUCACUCUAGUGCAGGUUGUAAUUUGCAUACUUUGGCUAACAAAAAACCCUCCCUUUCCCUUCAAAAAUAUGAACCACUAUAAAGAAAAGAUUAUUCUAGAGUGUGCCCUUGGGUCUCCUGUAGGGUUCUGGGCUGUGUUAGGGUACAUAGGACUCUUAGCUGUGUUAUGUUUUGUACUUGCUUUUUUGGCAAGAAAGCUGCCUGAUAAUUUCAAUGAGGCUAAAUUCAUCACUUUCAGCAUGCUGAUAUUCUGUGCAGUCUGGAUCACAUUUAUCCCAGCAUAUGCCAGCUCUCCUGGGAAGUUCACUGUGGCUGUGGAGAUAUUUGCUAUUCUGGCCUCCAGUUAUGGAAUGUUGUUUUGCAUUUUUUUGCCAAAGUGCUAUAUAAUUUUACUAAAGCCUGAGAAUAAUACAAGGAAACAUUUAAUGGGUAAAGUGAACCCAAGAGCCCUUUAA